GAACCAAUAACAUCGCGCGAGGUGCGGGGAGUCUGCCUAAGCCGGUCCGCCAUGUUAGGGCUGUCGUACUGCUGAGGGGGUCCUAGUGCUCGGCUGGCGGUUACUACGGCGGGGGUUACUGUCAGAGCUGUAGUGGGCGGAACACAGCAUGGAGCCGCAAGUGAACCUUCGCGUCAGCUGCCGCGGGGAGACCCAGAGCUUCCUGGUGUCAGACACAGCGCACACGACGUGGGCCGAUGUGGAGGCCAUGGUUAAAGUUUCAUUUGACCUGGAUGACAUUCAGAUAAAAUACAUUGAUGAGGAUAAUGAUGAGGUGUCUGUGAAUAGCAAAGAGGAAUAUGAAGAAGCUCUGAAGAUUGCAGUUAAGCAAGGAAAUCAACUCCAGAUGAAUGUGUAUGAAGAAAGCUCUCCUCUGAAAGAAACUUCAUCUUGUUCUUGGCAACUGCAUGAAAAAACAGUCACGGAAAAGUUGGCAGUUCUUAAAGAUGAGCUGACAACUCAGCAGAAGUUAAAUCACAAUAGAACAGGAAGAACAAAUGAAAGUCCUCCAGAAUGGUUUACUAGCUACUUGGAAACAUUCAGGGAGCAGGUGGUGAAGGAAACUGUUGAGCAGCUGGAGCAGAAGCUGUAUGAGAAGCUUAUUCAUCACAAUCAGUCUCCAGACUUCUCUGAGAGCUCUAUUACAACAGCACCUCCAAAUUCAGGGACCCAAAGAAAGAAUGGUAAUCAAUGUGACUGGCUGAUCUCCUGCUGCAACUGCCAGGCUCGAAUUGUUGGAGUUCGCUACCAGUGCAGUCUCUGUCCAGCCUACAAUAUUUGUGAACAGUGUGAAGCAGGAACGUAUGCACAUGAUCCUAAUCAUGUAUUGCUAAAGCUACGAAGACCUAUGCUAUGUAUUGCUGAAAACUACGACAUUGCACAGUUUUCACCUUGCCUGCCCACUACUCUGGAGCAAGUUAGGCUCCAGAAGCAGAUAGACAAAAGAUUUCUGAAGGCAGAAAAGCAGAGGUUACGAGCAGAGAAGAAACAGCGGAAGGCAGAGGUCCGAGAGCUCAAAAAGCAGCUAAAAUUGCACAGGAAAAUUCAUCUGUGGAACUCUGUCCCUGUAUUGGAAAGUAGUGGCUCGCCGACUCUUAAGUCAGACAAUCUCCAACACAGUACCUUACCGAGUCUCAGUCAACACUUCCAAGCAAUUGUCCCAACACUAAGUGCAGUUUUUGUUGAUGAGAAUUUGCCAGAUGGCACUCACUUGCAGCCAGGCACGAAGUUCAUCAAACACUGGCGAAUGAAAAAUACAGGCAAUGUGGAAUGGAGCUCAGACACAAAGCUGAAACUUAUGUGGGGAAAUCUCACUUUGGCAUCUUCUGAGAAAAAGGAUGUGUUGGUACCGUCCAUACCAACAGGACAAGUAGGAACCGUUUCAGUUGAGUUUGUGGCUCCCAAUAUAGAAGGAACUUACACCUCUCACUGGAGGCUGUCGCACAGAGGGGAACAGUUUGGGCCUAGAAUCUGGUGCAGUAUUGUUGUGGAUCCCUCCCCAGCUACUGACUCUUUAGAAAGCAAUUGGAAGGAUUUUGAUUCCCAUCCUAAAGAUAAUAUUUCCAGUAACAAACAGGAUACUUACUUGAAGACAGAAAGAAAUGCUCAUGUUAUGAGUGAAAUUGUGGAACAGGCUGAGAUAUCUCUGCCAGCUUUUCCUUUGAAGAUGAAAAAUCUACCCACUGAGAGAGAAUUCUAUAUCCCAUCUGUUGAUCUUCUCACUGCACAGGAUUUGCUGUCCUUUGAGCUAUUGGACAUUAAUAUUGUACAGGAAUUGGAGCGAGUGCCACACAAUACUCCUGUUGACAUGACUCCAUGCAUGUCUCCUUUGCCGCAUGAUAGCCUCUUGCUAGAGAAACCUGGCUUAGGUCAGAUAGAGGAGGAGAGUGAGGGGAGUGGAUUUAAACCAGUGUCUGGAAUGAUUGAAGUCUGCUUUUCUACAGAUACUUGUGUGGUGAAAAUGAAAACUGAACAUCUGCUGAACCAAGAAGAAGGGGAAGAAGAUAUGAGCGGAACUCAGUUUGUCUGUGAAACUGUAAUUCGCUCUCUGACUCUGGAUGCUGCACCUGACCAUAAGCCUCCCGAAAAAAAGAAAUCCCUGAAGAAUUCUUUGCAAGCGUUCCAAGACACCUUCAGUUGUAAUGUGAUAAAUGAAGAAACUUCUAGGAUAAAAACUCACUCUGCUUCUAAAAAGGAAUCAAAGAUCUAUCAGUCAGAGGCAAUGACAGAAAAUGGCGAUGACGAGCUUCUAAUGUCUGAUGAGAGAACAAACCUGUCUGGCAAUACUGUCAGAUCUGAUGAAGACGAAAGUGAUGAUAAAGAUGAUGUUCAGAGUCAAGGCUCUUCUGCUUCAUCAGAGGAUUAUAUCAUUAUUCUCCCUGAGUGCUUUGAUACCAGCCGUCCUUUAGGGGAGUCCAUGUAUAGUUCAGCUCUUUCUCAGCCCAGCAUGGAAAAGACAGGAGAAUCGGAAACAGGGGCGGGGAAUUCAGAAGGGGAAAGGCAGCCACAGAUGCAUAGCAUCAGUAACAUUUUGACAACUUCACAAACACUGGCUGUAGUACCGUUGGCCCCAGAGGUUGUGGACACCUUACCCCAGACAGAAAGAAAUCUUGCAUCUCUUCAGAAUCGUAUCUUCCAAGAUCCAAGCAUACUAACUUCAGAGAAUGUCUCUUCCACUCCUUAUAAUCAAAUAAGAGAAGAACCCAGUGGUGAAGACAGGCAUGAACCAGGAUCUUCUGUAUCUCUAACUGGUAACCAGAAGGGCUCAGAAUACCCGAGACACCCACAGAGUGGCAGUAUUGCAGGAGAACUAGUUAAAGGAGCUCUGUCAGUUGCUGCCUCUGCCUACAAAGCUUUAUUUGCUGGACCACCCAUUACAGAGCAGCCUGCAGCUUCAGAAGAGCACGCUGCUGCUCUUCUAUCCAGUCUGUGUGAGAUGGGAUUCUGUGACAGGCAGUUAAACCUGCGACUGCUGAAGAAACACAACAAUAAUAUGGUUCAAGUGGUAACUGAAUUGCUUCAGAUCAGUAACGGUGACUGGUACAGCAAUAGAUGCUGAACCUUCCUGGUGGAGGGAUGAAUCUCCUUAGUUGAGCAAAUUCUUAUUAAACACUACAACGUUAGCAGGCUGUCCUUCAACUGCUUUGGAGAUAUAGAUAAAACUUAGGCUUUUCUUUGCGCUUUUGACUUUUUCCACUCAUGGAAGCGUCAAACAGUGCUUGUCACAACAUUUUACAAAUUGGAGACCAGAAUUUCAACUUUACUUUUGCUGACGUUAGCAGUAUUGAAGUUGGUAACUUUAUACUGAAUCCUUUUUGCCUGGGAAUGUUAUAGAAUGACUUCAGCCUGCACGCAGAUAAGAACUUCCCCUUGCGCUGUAUGUAAAAUAGUUCUAGGCAGCUGGGAGCUCUUGUUUUGUUGACUUCUAACAAACUUUGUAAUAGGAAGCAAUGUAAAAUGCUUCUGUAAAAUGUAGCCUUGUCUAAUUUACAAGAGAUACCUGCUACUUGGAAACUUGUUUCUUCUGAUAUGAUUUAGUUAUCAAAUUUUGUCCAGUUCAUGAUAGCAGUGUAACAGAUUUAAACCUUACAAAUCAUUCUGGGGUGGGGCGGGAUGUUGCUCAUAUAUUAAAAUUAGUCUUGAAUCACCAAAUGACUUCUGAAAAGCCUGAAGUUAACUUGAACUGAUGUAUACCAGGAAAAUCACUGUUUCUUGUAGCAGAAUAAAGCAUAAGAGUUAACUUACUACAAAUUGGUUACAGUUAAUAGCUGCUGGUAACAAUAACAGAAAAUGUAUAUGUAAUAGAAAAUAUAGCCUACAUAAAAUAUUUAGUUAAAAAUGGAGUUGUAGGAAGGACCUUUCUAAGAACCUCUGAAAAGGUUCGUUGGAAAAAUAUGUGUAAAAACUCAACCCCUAUGUUUUUUUUUCUGUAUUGUCCAGACAUCUUAAUACUACAUAAAGAGUUAAAGAGGGCAUAAAAAGCCAGACCUGAACUGGAGUAUGAAUUCUGGUAACAUUUGGGAAAUGAAAGAACCCCCCCCCCCCCCCCGGGGUAGGGGUUGUACGACAUACUUUAUUUUGAAAAAUGUAGUAACUUAAGCAGUGUUAAAUAUAUAGUCUCUAGCGAUGGUUCUAGUUGCUCCUGUGUUUCCGUAAACACAUCUGUAGAAUUCACUUUCUCUCAAGAUUUUGCUUUACAUACGCAUACUUAUUUCAAAGUUUAAGAAUUCUCUCCUAAACAUCCUGAGAGGAGACUUGAUUCUGAAGAAUCGCAAGAAACCAGUAACAUACGCUGCCAUGCAGUGGUAAAUCUAUAGGUAAUUGCUCAGAGGUCAGUUCUCUGCAAGUGACAGCAAUGUUGGCUACAUUCUUUGUUUUGAGUAAGCUUUCUUAGUUGCUGCAGUAGGAGACCAGUGAUCUUGAAAUACAAAUACUACUGUUGCUUUAAAAUAAGGUGUUUCUAUUUUGACACAACAUAGCUGAAGCAGUUAUCAGUAUUCUGACUGAUCAGAUGAUCAGUAAUAGUUUUUUAAAGACCUAAUACUCUCCGUGAUAAGAUACCAUUAAAAUAAUUAAAGAAAAAUAUGUAUCAUACUGUUUCUGUUUUAAACCUAUUUUUAUAGAUAGAUGGAAGGUAAACUCUUAAAUGUUUAUUUUGAAAUAUGAUAGGACUAUUUUGCAGUGUUUCCCAUCUGACUGUACCCCAGUACAGCUGUCUAUUGUGGACCAGAUAAAUACUUUCCCGUAACUUGAAAUUACAGUUGUUUGUUUUUCCCCCACCAUAACUUACACAUACUGAUUUGAAUAUCUUUUGGCUUAUGCUUACUAUGCGGUGGGGAGGAGAGGACAUGGAUAAGUGUGGUAGCUGGCGAAGUUAUUAAACUUAAUGUGGUUGUCGGCUUCGAUCUGGAAUACCCAGCAGCACGCUUGCUCUUUCUGUGUAUGCCUUUGUAAUUAAGAUUUUAGUGCGUUCUGUAAAUUAACAAAACACUAAAAUGUUUGAGGAAAAGCACUUCGUUGCAGAUUGAAAUGUGAAGUGUGAAAUAGUGUUUUCUUUAAGUUACUUUUUACUAGUGGUUAGAUAAUGUAUGCUCAGGCUUAAGGUGUAUUUUCUGUUGGCUUUGUAUAUUUUGUUAGUGGAUGCAUGAUAUAAUUUAUAAUAUGUUCUAUAGUGCAAAUAUGACUUCUGUACCUUAUUUAGGAUAAGCGCUUUAAAGUCAACUGUGAUGUGGGGGAGAGGAGGGUAGAAGACCACUUUUUCCUCUGACCUUACAAUAAAUCAUCUUAUCUGGCUGGC